AUGUGUAUCAAAAAUUCUGAAAUACAGGCCAACAUAAACAAACAUAUCAUAUUUUUGAACCAUGUAUAUACAGAUCAAAGACUUUUCUGUAAUCCUAAUACCAAAGAAUUUGAUUGCCUUAAGCCCAUAUCUUUUUUGCAUGCUAAAUUGUAA